AUGAAGCUCGUCAACUUUCUCACCCUUUUCACAACCAUGAUUGUGGCAAUGACCAUCUCCACGAUGGCAAUGCCAUUCUCCUUGGACAAACGUGAUGCAGCAUCAAUUACUGGCUCGUUUGCUACGAUCAGCAAGCUGAUUUCUCAAUUAGACCAAGCUCAAAAAGCUGCAGGUCAAUCGGGCACACCUGAUUUCAGUAAAGCUUCCGGCUUGUUGGCUCAAUUGUCGCAAACUGCCGAAUCUGCUGAUUCAGCAUUGGUCGCUUUGGGAAGCAGUAAAUUGGAUGCAGGUUCUGCAAGUAGCAUUAAAUCUUCACUUGAAUCUGCUGCUUCAAGCGUUCGUUCGAUCACUACUUUGAUUCAAAAAGGCAAAGAAUGGUUCGCAAAGAAUAAUGCAACGCAAAAAGUCAUUCAAAUUAUACAAGCAAACAUUGACCAAUUCCAUCAACUGUUUAUCGAUUUGAAUUCUCACGUUACCGAUACUUACCAUCAAGCUUACAAAGCCCCUGAAACGAGAAUCAUUUGCGCAAUGGUUGAUGCAAUUGCCACUUUGGAUAAAAGUCAAGUUUCCGAAUCAGCAGUCGAUUAUUGCAACGGUGGCGGUGAUGGUGGUCAACCUGAUGAUGCAAGCGGUCUUGAUGCAUUCAACGAUGGUGUCACCCCUUCAGGUUAUUCUUCAUGCGGCAACAGUCCAACGAUGUUCUUCCAACAAGCUUACACCAGUAAGACUUUGGGUACUUCAGGCACUCAAUGCACUGCAGGCGAAACAGUGACUCCGAAUUCUUUUGAAAUUCCUCAGAACGCUCUGAUGCUCUGA